ACAUGAAAUUAGUGGCUCGUCGUCAUUCUCUCUUCUCAACAUUCAACUUUAUUCAUCAACCCAGAAAAGUUCAACAGUUGAACUUCGACUGGAUUUAAAAAUUGUUAGUGUCCAAUUUGAAAAAUUUAUAGUAAAAAUAGUAGUGUAAUUGGACAAGCACUUGCGAAGAGUUCUAAAUUGUAGUAUAAAUCUGGCACACAAAUAAGAAAAGUUUAUAUAAAACUUUUAGAUUGUAGAUAUAUCAAAAUGGUUGACACGAAUCAAGGUCCAAUACCUGAUGAUUCAAAUCAGGACCUUCCUCCCCCUCCACCUAGUCCUCCAUUAAAUUGGUCCAGGCUGAAAGCACUGAUCAUCGAACGCAAGAUCGACUUUGCCCUGUGGCUGACACGAUUGUUGACCAUCAUGUUUGCAGCUGGAUACAUACUACCGCUCUUCGGAAGUCCUGUCCAAUACUACUACAAAGCAUUUAUGGCCAGCGCAGCUACUUCGGCGCUUCGGCUGCAUCAACGCCUACCAAAUUUCAGUUUUUCACGUGCCUUCUUUCAACAAAUGGUCUUGGAAGAUUCAUUCCACUACUUGUUCUGUGCUCUCAUCUUUCUGUAUGCAACGCCAAUGACAUUGGCACUGGCUCCAAGCGUGCUCUUCGCAAUCUUACAUUUCGCCAGUUUCUCACUGUCUCUGCUGGAUGCGCUCGGCAGAAACUCAGCAUGGAUUGCUAGGGUUUUCAUAUCCUUGAUUGAAUACAAAUCUGUGAACAUUCUGCGAAUGGCAGCUGGGUCAGAAAUUUGCAUCAUGUGGUUCUUGGUCUGCUAUGCAAUAGCUGGGCGACACUCCUUGAUCUCUCCAUUCUUGUAUUUCCGGUUCCUCACCUUCCGGUACUCUUCGCGGCGAAAUCACUACACUCGAACCAUGUUCAUGGAGUUCCGGAUACUGCUCGAGAGGAUGGCGAUGAAUGAUAAAUGCCCCUCCUUCAUCGGGAAUGGAGUUCGCACUGGCAUUUCGUUGAUUUCUAAAUUAGCUCCGCCUAACGCACCCGCAUCCAAUUAAAAAGCUUGUGUACGUCUAGUUAUACGUAGAUAGACCAUUAUAAUUACAAAAUUUAACUAAUAUGCCAAUAACGUAUUUAUGUACACAAUUUUUUAAAUGGUAAAUAAAACAAGUCUCGGUUAAAAAGAG